GGUCCGCCCCCUCCGCGCAGCUCUCGGCCAAUAGAAUGCGGCGGUGCUGGAGGCGCUACCAAUGGGAGGCAGCGGUGUUGCGGGGGUGGCGGAGCCGGAAGCGCGGGGAGCCCGGAGGAGCCAUGGGGGUGAAGCUGGAGAUCCUGAGGAUGUGUGUGUACCUGUCCUUCCCCAUCGCCGUGUUCUGGGUCUCCAACCAGGCCGAGCUCUUCCAGCGCUACGUCAUCGACCGCAAGAGGGAGAUUUUCCCACCGGACACCCCGGAACGGCGCCAGGCCAUGGCUGAGCUGAAGCAGCGGCUGCAGGAGAGGAAGGGGACACAGGCGUGAGGGGACAGAGGGGACACACGGCCACCCCCGGGACACGGCGGUGACAGCGGGGACACGGCAGUGACACCAGGGACACACGGCCACCUGCAGGACACACAGCCACCCCCGGGACACGGCGGUGACAGCGGGGACAUGGCAGUGACACCAGGGACACACGGCCACCCCCGGGACACAGCGGUGACAUCAGGGACACAGUGACAGCGAGGACACGGUGGUGACAACAGGGACAUGGCAGUGACACCAGGGACAGACGGCCACCCCCGGGACACAGCGGUGACAUCAGGGACACAGUGACAGCGAGGACACGGCGGUGACAACAGGGACAUGGCAGUGACACCAGGGACACACGGCCACCCCCGGGACACGGCGGUGACAGCGAGGACACAGCAGUGACACCAGGGACACACGGCCACCCCCGGGACACGGCGGUGACAGCGAGGACAUGGUGACAGCAGAGACAUGGCAACGACACCGGGGACACACGGCCACCCCCAGGACACAGCGGUGACAGCGGGGACAUGGCAGUGACACCAGGAACACACGGCCACCCCCAGGACACAGCGGUGACAGCGAGGACAUGGUGACAGCAGAGACAUGGCAACGACACCGGGGACACACGGCCACCCACGGGACACGGUGGUGACACAACAGGGACACGGUGACAGCGAGGACACGGCGGUGACAGCAGGGACAUGGCAUUGCUGUGACACCGGCGCCAUGGUGGUGACACAGGACACGCCUGGCACUGCCCUGUCACCGUGGGCACAUCGUGACACCGGUGCCAGCCGCGUGCUGGUGACAGAGGGGACAGCGACAGCACCCGGUGGCAUCACUGGCAGCAUUGGUGACAGAGUGUGACAAUGGCAUCGCUGUGGUGGCAUUGGUGACAGAGGGGACGUGUGACAACAGCCAAUGGCAUCGGUGGCAUCGCUGUGACCGUGCUGGUGACAAAAGGGACGUGUGGCAGUGUCCUGGUGCCAUCACUGUGGUGGCAUUGGUGACAGAGGGGACGUGUGGCAGCAUUGUGUCACUGUGGGCACAACCCGGUGUUGUCACCGUGGCUGUGUUGGGGACAGAGGCGACGUGUGACAGCAGUUGGUGCCACACGCUGUGACUGUGUUGGUGACAGGGGACAGCCCCGGUGUCACUCGCUGUGACAGCGUUGGUGACAAAGGGGACAGUGGCAGACCCUGGUGUCACACGCUGUGACAGCGUUGGUGACAAAGGGGACGGUGAUAACAGCUGGUGUCACACGAUGUGGCUGUGUUGGUGACAAAGGGGACAGUGGCAGACCCUGGUGUCACUCUCUGUGACAGUGUUGGUGACAGAGGGGACAGCCCCGGUGCCACACACUGUGGCUGUCUUGGUGACGGGACAGUGACAGCCCCGGUGUCACCCGCUGUGACAGCAUUGGUGACAAAGGCAACAGUGACAGACCCUGGUGUCACUUUGUGACAGCGUUGGUGACAGAGGGGACAGCCCCGGUGCCACACUGUGACUGGGUUGGUGACAAAAGGGACAGUGACAGCCCUGGUGUCACUCUCUGUGACAGCAUUGGUGACAGAGGGAACAGUGGCAGGCCCCGGUGUCACUGUCUGUGACAGUGUUGGUGACAGAGGGCACAGCCCCGGUGUCACUGUCUGUGACAGUGUUGGUGACAAAGGGACAGCCCCGGUGUCACUGUCUGUGACAGUGUUGGUGACAAAGGGACAGCCCCGGUGUCACUGUCUGUGACAGCAUUGGUGACAAAGGGACAGCCCCGGUGUCACUGUCUGUGACAGUGUUGGUGACAAAGGGACAGCCCCAGUGUCACCCGCUGUGACAGUGUUGGUGACAGAGGGCACAGCCCCGGUGUCAUUGUCUGUGACAGCAUUGGUGACAAAGGGACAGCCCCAGUGUCACCCGCUGUGACAGUGUUGGUGACAGAGGGCACAGCCCCGGUGUCAUUGUCUGUGACAGCAUUGGUGACAAAGGGACAGCCCCGCUGUCACCCGCUGUGGCCAUUGGUGCCCACGCGUGGCCACGUCGGGUGCCCGUGUCGGUGGCACAAGGGACACGUGUCCUCCCUCCCCCGAUGCCACCGUGGCCGCGUGGCCGCCCCCAUGUCCCUGCGCCGCUGGUGACACGUGUGUGACACACGUGACACAUGUGUGGCCCUCGUGUGACGCGUGUGUGACGUGCCAGGGGACACGUGGCACCCCUGGCUGUCCCCACCCCAAUAAACGGCGCUGGCACUGCCCGCAGGGUGUCCCCAGGGUGUCCCCAGGGUGGCACUGCCGUCCCUUAGUGCCACCUGUGCCCCUUGGGGUCCCCUGGUGCCACCCCCACGGGCGUCCUGUGUCCCUUAAUGUCA